AUGAGGGUCUUUUAUGCUUUGCCCUUCCUGAACCUCUUUUCAGUCUGUCUGACACAGGACAUCAACAAUGCCGUGGCCUCCGGGACCGUCUCACAGAUUCCUAGCGCACUUCCCACACCAGUCGACCCCUCCUGGCGCCACAAUCGUACCAGGCAACGAAAGCACGUCCACGACUUCUUCAAGCUCUUUGGAUGGCUACGACAUAACGACACCAUCAAAGAUCAUGACUUCCCAGCGGCAAUACGGCGGAUUCAACGAAUCCUGCAUGAGCCAGAAACUGGAGAGUAUGACGAGAAAAUGGAGGUAGUGAUGAGCAGGCCUCGCUGUGGUACUAUUCAACCAUUCAAUGCAACGGAUGCUCGCAUGCCCGACGGUGGAACAUUGCGGAAAAGAUACGUGUUGUGGGGACCGAAAUGGAACAGCGCAACUGUUACGUAUCGCUUUCUGAACUACACUUCCGACAUUGCUGCCGACCUACAAAGAGAGACUCUUAGGAAAGCAUUUGCGCAAUGGAACCAAUACCUUCCCAUAUCUAUCGUCCCGGCAAGUGACAACAUACCCCGUGCUGACAUACACGUUCGCUUCAUGACGAUGGGUCCCGAUGAACCAGCAUAUGCCUUUACGAACAUGAUAGCCGACGGUCUUACCAUGUCGUCAGGCCUUAUCAACAUCACUUUCAAUGAUUACUAUACUUGGGCCGAUGAUCGCCUCUUCAGCUUCACGGCUCUUCACGAGAUCGGUCAUGCUCUUGGCUUGUCCCAUAGCAAGGUCGAAGAUGCCGUCAUGUGGCCCUACUUUGAAGGGAUCGUGCGACCUAUGCAUCCCGACGACAAAGCUGCGAUCCAUAGCCUCUACGGAUGGAAGGAGCCUAGAUGGAACCGGAUAGACAUGAAUACAGCCACCAAGAACAUCGCCCAGGUGUCAUCGUUCGCAGACAGCCCAUCCGCUCUGGACGGCCUGUAUCAACUUCGAUCAACAGGCCAAGUCUUGUUUUACAGUUCCAGUGGUACCUGGGUCACCGUCGACAACAACAGGGAUACGGUUCAGAUCUCUGGAGCCGGCGGUAAUCUUUACCAGCGGCAUGCUGAUGGCAGCAUCUAUCGCUACAGCGGAAGCGGUACCCAGUGGCAGUACAUAGGCGCACCAUCUGACAAUGUCGCUGACAUUGUUGCUGCGUCCGAUCAGAUAUAUCAAAGACGAAAAGACGGGUGGAUUGCACGCUGGACUGGGUCAGGGACGCAGUGGACGACCAUCGAACAGCCUCGCAGCUCAAAGCAGAUUGCCGUUACUGAUAACAGGACCAUAUGGAACCUUCUCACAACAGGCGACUUGGUGCGGUCCGAGUGGCCGUAUGGUGUCGGUUGGACUGUUGUCGACAUCAAUUCUGCCAAUACCCAGAUCGCGGUGGGCGGUGAUGAGUUCUAUAAGCUGGAGGGCAGCAAGGUCGUAUGGCUCGACACGUCCAUUUAUAUGUGGGUGAUUAUCGAGAAUGCAGGAUCUGUUUAUAUCUAUGCUGCAGGUGAUUAUCUGUACAGCAGGCACUAUGAUGGAAGCACCUGGCGCUAUACUGGUACGCCAAUGGUGUGGGAGAUGCUGGACAACAGCCAAAAUAUUGCGAGCGUUAUUGGAGACCGGAGCGGUAAUGUAUGGGAGCUGAAGGGAGGCGGAGAUAUACUGAGGUUGGUCUCCUGA